AGGAUUUUACUACUUUUGAAUUGGAUUAACUUUAUCCAACUACAUAGAAGACACAUCCCAGACUUCCCAAGAGCUAUCAAAUCACCUUUUGUGAUCAAUAGUGAGAAAACACUUGGAAAAUUUGGUUUGCAUUUUUUCCUGCUAAAAUGAUCUUCUCAGUUACUGUUUUGAGCUGUGCUCCACAAAGCUGAGGCUUCUCUGAGCCAGACUUCUGAUCAGUGAAGUAGUGUCCUUGUUCAAGCACUUCCAGCAGCCCUACGGAUAGAGUGCACUACAGCUUGGUUUAAAUAGUGCCCUAGCCAAAAAAAAAAGGUUUACAAAGUGCCAGAGUGACUUUUAUCAGUGUGGAAGUUUUUCUUCGUCUCUCUCUUUCAAGUAAAGAUGGAUGUAAAGCUAAAAGAUCGGGACUUCUGGUACAGUCUUCAUGGUCAAGUCCCGGGGAUGCUAGAAUGGGACAUGGGGAAUGAAUUUUUCCUGCCUUGUACCACAGAUCAGUGCCCUUUGGCUGAGCAAAGCCUUGCCAAAUACAAAAUUCAGCUACUAAAGCCACCAGCACUGUCUCAGGAGAGGAAAGCCAGUACUGAUGAAGAAGACCCUCUCAUUGAACCCAGCUUGUGGAUGUGGGUGAAUCCCAACAUUGUGUGCCCCAUCAGCAGCAAAGAGGCUCCAAAUCCCAGUGACAACGUUCAGCCAAGUGCACCAGUCCCAAAGACGGAUGAGUCUGCCUUCUUAGGGCCUCAGAGAGUGAUGCAAUCCCUGUCUGUUCUCCAAACUGAGCAUUUUCAGCCACAAAAGAUGUUCUCCAGUGACCCUGAUUUCAUAGACGAGGAGACUGAGGGACAGGGAUGCACAUCGUCUAACAAACACCCCAAGAAGCAUACAAUGUACCAUGGCCCACACCAGGACAGGAAGUCCUGGCCACGCCCUCCUCUCAGCUACAGCCAUCUAGUUGCUCUGGCAUUAAAAAGCAGCCCUUCCUGUGGCCUCAAUGUGCAGCAGAUCUACAAUUUUACUCGACAACAUUUCCCCUAUUUCCGGACAGCACCAGAAGGCUGGAAAAACACCAUUCGCCACAAUCUCUGCUCCCUGACCUGCUUUGAAAAGGUGCCAGUCGACGUGGAGGAACACCUGGAUGACAAGCCUCGCUCUUUCAUCUGGAAGCUCACUGAUGAGGGACACCGCUUCUUUCAGGAGGAUACCCGUGUCUUGGCCUGUGUUCGAAAGGAGAGCAUCAAGAAGUGCAUGCGCCAACCAGAGCUGAUAGACCUCCUCUUCCAACUUUAAUGUUUUCUUCGUGUGUGUGUGUGUGUGUGUGUGUGUGUGUGUG